UAACCGGUUAAGAGGAUAACGGCGGCUGCUACAGUGCAUCGGCUGUUGAUGCUGCCAAAGCUUCUGCAGCAUUGUUGGGCUGUUUUUGUUUCCUUCCAUAUGCCCCGGACUGAAGAUUGUCAUCAGUAUUACCGCUGAGUAUGUGUGUGAAUGUUUCAAUGCGAGUUCGGGACGGAUGGCUUUAUUUAAGGAAUGAUCAAACCGAGUAAAACAUGAGAGACAUCCUGUUCUCCUGACGAUUCGCUGGAAUGCAGUCAUAGUUUGAGGCCGGACAUGAUUUUAACCUCAGGAGUUGCUGUAGUGAUUGCGGGGUGAUGCGCACCGCACCCCGAGAGAUAUAUAAAAGGAGAACACAGCUUGGUCCUUCCAUGCCUCAGAGCCGAUCCGGAUUUUUCCUGGACUGUGGCUCACAGUGAGCAUCCUGCUGUUUCGGGGUGGCCGGGACUGCUUUGGCAAACCUUCUGAUGUGGACGGACUGUGUUGUCUUGUCUGAAGGGAUCAACUGAGUACUGUUGCUCUCACCCAGAGAGGAGAACCAGGGCUGCGCUGCUUACCUGGUCAUUUCAGCGCACAAUAAUAACCUUUCAGCAUGGCUGAGAAGACUCUGGAGCAGGGCUCGGUCAGCAUCCCCAUGGAGGAGACCAAAGUCCACAGCGGAGCCCCUCAGGAGGCGCCACUGCUCACACACCUGAAGAAGGUGGAGAACCACAUCACUGAGGCUCAGCGCUUCUCCCACCUCCCACGCCGCUCUGCUGUGGACCUGGAGUUCAAUGAGCUCUCCUACACCAUCCGCGAGGGUCCCUGGUGGCGGAGAAGAGGUUACAAAGCCCUCCUCAAGUGUCUCUCGGGAAGAUUCAACAGCAGAGAGCUGAUUGGCAUCAUGGGGCCAUCUGGAGCUGGGAAAUCCACUCUAAUGAAUAUUCUGGCAGGGUACAGGGAGACAGGCAUGAAGGGCCAGAUCCUGGUGAACGGCAGACCGAGGGACCUGAGGACCUUCAGGAAGAUGUCCUGCUACAUCAUGCAGGAUGACAUGCUGCUGCCACACCUCACCGCGAGAGAGGCCAUGAUGGUUUCUGCCAAUCUAAAACUGAAUGAGAGCAUGCAGGUCAAAAAAGAACUUGUGGAUGAGAUCCUCACGGCUCUGGGUCUUCAGGAGUGUGCUCAGACACGAACCAACAAUCUUUCCGGGGGUCAGUGUAAAAGACUCGCCAUCGCUCUCGAAUUGGUCAACAAUCCUCCAGUCAUGUUCUUUGAUGAGCCCACCAGUGGUCUGGACAGCGCAUCCUGCUUCCAGGUUGUUUCCCUCAUGAAGUCACUGGCUCAGGGAGGAAGGACAAUCAUCUGCACCAUUCAUCAGCCCAGUGCCAAGCUCUUUGAGAUGUUUGAUAAGCUGUACAUCCUCAGUCAGGGUCAGUGCAUAUACAAGGGCACAGUCCCUUACCUCAUCCCUUAUCUGAAGAACCUGGGGCUCCACUGCCCGACGUAUCACAAUCCUGCUGAUUACAUCAUUGAGGUGGCAUCAGGGGAGUAUGGGGACCUGAAUCCAGUGCUCUUUGAGGCUGUUCAGGGUGGUCUGUGCUCUGAGGAAAGCAAGAAGAACUCCAGAGACAAGAGUGACUCUUCCUGUCCCUCUCAAUGUUAUAGUGACACGGGUACACUUGAGAAACAUAGCUUUGCCACCAGUUCGUUCACACAGUUCUGCAUCCUCUUCAAACGAACUUUCGUUACAAUAUGCAGGGACACGGUGCUGACCCACCUCAGGGUGAUGUCCCAUUUGUCUGUUGGAGUGCUGAUUGGCCUGCUUUAUCUCAAAAUUGGAAAUGAUGCCAGCAAGGUCUUCAACAACACUGGCUUCCUCUUUUUCUCCAUGCUGUUCCUCAUGUUUGCUGCUUUGAUGCCUACUGUCCUAACCUUUCCUCUGGAAAUGUCCGUGUUUGUAAGAGAACAUCUCAACUACUGGUACAGCCUGAAGGCCUAUUACUUGGCCAAAACCAUGGCUGAUGUACCGUUCCAGGUGAUUUGUCCAAUCAUGUACUGUAGUAUAGUGUACUGGAUGACUGAACAGCCUCCAGAGGCAGGUCGUUACCUGCUUUUUGUGGCCUUGUCCACAUCCACGGCCUUGGUGGCCCAGUCUCUUGGUCUGCUUAUAGGAGCUGCAUCAACGUCUCUGCAGGUGGCAACCUUUGUGGGUCCAGUCACAGCCAUACCGGUGCUCCUCUUCUCUGGCUUCUUUGUCAAUUUUGACACCAUUCCCAAAUACUUACAGUGGAGUUCUUAUGUCUCCUAUGUCAGGUAUGGCUUUGAGGGUGUGAUACUGUCUAUCUAUGGAAUGAACCGGUCGGAACUGGAGUGUCCGGGCCUCGUGUGUAAGUUUCAAAAACCAGAGGAGGUCCUGCAGCUGCUGGAUGUGGAGGACGCAAAGCUCUAUGUGGAUUUCAUGGUGCUGGGGGUUUUCUUCCUGGUCUUCAGACUGGCUACCUACCUGGUCCUGCGCUACAAAGUCAAGUCAGAGCGUUAAGAUGUUAGGGCGACGAAAUCACUAAUGGAUUCAGAUGCUUGUACAUAUCCCAGUGAGAUAGUAAGCAAGCAUAGUCUCUACAUACAUGGACAAAUUCAGCAUCAGAAAGCUGUGCUGCACCAUUACCCAUUGUGUACAAAAUAAUAUUAUGUUUGUUAUUCAAGAAAAAGGGAAGUUCAGACUAAAGUGUUCCACCCUCUGCUCACCAUUAAUUGUCCUACAGGUGAUACUGUAAUAUUUCUGAGAUGACCUUCCAAAUCAUUGUGUAUCUGAACCAUAUAUAAAAAGAAUACUCAAAAGGUAGCACAAAGCAUGUUUCUUUGAACUGAAAAAAUUUGGUUAAUAAUUCUUUGGCCACACCAGGAAAGUGCCACAUGAAUAAUGAGCUACGGGGAGCCAUAGUCACCAGGAGAGUUCAGUGACUCACGGUGUCUCAAUCUAAUGCCUAUGGAGGUGAUCCAAGGUCUACAUCAGGAUGCAGUUCGGCAAUACUUGGCUGGAAAGCAGCUAUCAAGAUGACCUAGAAACAAGAUUUCAAGAUGGAUACCUUCUUCUUGCCAUGAGGACAAGUGGCAAAUUUCCAUGCCAGAAAACAUUUGAGCAGCUUCUCUCUCACCUGUAGGAUCAUCUUAUCGGGUAUCCUCACCAAGACGCUGAACACAGUGGCUUUUCUUUAUUAAGUACAACCGUAAAACAAAAAAAAAAACAAACAAACAUAAACUGCCAGUGGAUGACUGGCCUUGCUUUCCAUCUCCAGUGUGGCUCAUUUUCACAGGCACUCUUCCCAACCACUGAUGAUUGUGGGAUGUUUAGGCAAAAAUUUAAUAUUUGUGAAAUCUUCAGCAGUGUGUUUAAUAGUCACCCUGCAACCAGGUUUAUGAUUCCUUAUGUUCCCCUUUUAUUAUGAUCCAUUUGUUUCUGCCAUAACCGUGGAAGCGUUCAGUGAACUGGGAGCACAUUGUGUAAACAAGUGAGACUGCUGUUUCCCAAUGAGAGAAUGAUGUUAUAAGUGAAGUGCAAUAGCCUAUUCCAUGGUUAAAAAAGUGAUUUGUGUAAUCAGUGUCGCUCUUCUGACACAAUCUUUGAACUGCUUGUUUCCACUUGUUGUAUGACUCUUUAGCUGCCUCCUCCCUGAGCUAUGAAAGGAAAUCUCUUUUUUCUCUCCUUCUCUUUCUCUCUGCUUUGCUGAUGUCUGACAGAUAUGUGUUGUCCUAAACAAUGCUAGAUACUUGAAAUGCCGGCUGGACAGUUUUUGUGCCUCUGAACUAGAAUAAUUUGAGUUUCCUCUGCUUCAUUGCUGCUUGACACACACACACACACACACACAGUUACAUUUGCACACAGACAUACACAAGCAGACACAUACAUUCACCCUGGACUAUGUUUAGAAGAGCCUCUCUUUGUCACACAGCAAUGCAAAUAUUUUCCAAUAGAUUGCUAUGAAAUAUUUCUUACUUAAACUAUGCUUCUUAGUAAUCCUUAUUAUAAUGCAUAAAAUAAUGUGAGUAUAUAAUCAAUGAUUGUACAGUGAAUAUGUCAUGCUGUAAAAAAUGUACAUUUGCACUUUUCAGUGUAUGUUUAUUCUUUUUUAUUUAUUUGUAUUUAAUUUUAUUUUUCUAUACCUAUGUGACGAGUGCUGCUUGAAAGUAUAACAGGAAAACAGCAACUGAAUGUUGCAUGUUCAUUUUAGGAAUGACAUUUAUGAAAUGUUAAAUUUCAGACUACAGCAUAACAAUUUUAUUUCCUCAGUCAGAUAUAGGUACCCUGCCAUGUCUGGGGAGAUGAAAAUCCUCAGCUUCUGUUGGACAUUGUUAGAAUGUCUGGGAUCAAAUGUGCAUCACUGGUGUGCAUUAAAAAAGGAAGAAUCAGGGGUGUAAAGUAAAGGUUAGGACCGAAAUGUGCCAGAUGGAAGAAGGAAAGAAUAAGCAACAGCCAACCAAAUGUAUCAUUAUGUAGCUACAGAGACUGGAGGUCACUUUAGGAAGCAGCUGGUUCACUGUUCUGUGGGUGGAGUCCUGCACAGAGACACCCGCAGCGGCUGAGGUUUGGGUUCUGUCAUUAAAAUCAAUAGGCAACAUUGUGAUGUUACCUGUUAUACCUCCCACUGCUGUGGCUUCAGUCCUUUUAAAUAUUUUAUGUUAAGAACUUAAUUUGAGUGUUUUUGUUUUGUUUUAUUAUCUGCAAUAAUCACUCAAAAAGUAUUUUGACUCUAUGAGACUAAUUUUAUGAAGGCAAAAUGUGACAUUACAAUGUGAAUUUUUUUUUUUUCAUUUUAAUUGUCUUUGUUGCUUGUGUUCAGUAAAAGAGAUUAAUUUGAUGGGCAUGAUUGAUGAAUGAUCCUCCUAAUGAUUUCAUUCGAGGGACUAAAACAGAAUAAUAAUGGUCAAAUGUGCUGUGUGCUGGUUAAGUUAAUGCCACUGAGCAGAUGUUGCCAUUUCAAUGUCAGAAGCUGUGAAGAUAACGCAGCACUGCAGGACAAUUUGUAGCUUGGGAAACAUAUUGGAUGAAGUCAGCCAACGCAGCAGAUAUGUGUUUUAAACUUCCUGAAACUGUAUCAGAAGCCGUGAGCUGGUUGCAGAACUGUGGGUAUGACUUUGUAUGGUAAGAAAGAAACCCAGAAAGGAGAAGGAAAAGAUGAAAAGAAAAAGGCCCAACCCAGGAACAAAAAAGGGAUAAUUAGUGUUGAAGCAUUAACAACCUAACACUAACAGCCUGUGGUACCAAAGAAGAAAACAAACCACCCUUCCUCUGCUUGCAGAAUUGUGCCCUUCUCAUUGAGAUUAUGAUGUGCAACCUUCUCAUUAAUUUUCUGACCAAAGAGGGUCAUCUGAAAAGACAUUUAAAUCCCACAGAUUUUACUAAUUUACUGUAUUUUCAAUCAUCAUAAAACUGACAUGUUUUUUUUCCUAGUGUCCCCAGGUCACAAAAGUAAUCAUUACUGAAAGAUAUGAUUUGGCUGCAGAUGCUAAGUAAUUUAAUCUUUAUCAAAUGUAACCAUGUGUAAGCAGUAUUAAGAGGCUCAGGGGAAGUGAUUGUACAGGGUGCAGCUGAUGUGCAAAUGUUCAAAUCACUGUCUUUGACACUUUUACUUAUCAUGUUGUUAUUUCACUGGUCUGUCAUAAUAAACCACCUGAUUUUAGUGCACUUAGUCAUGCAUGGUAAAUACUGUAUUAAUAUACAAGCCAUCCGUAAAGAAAGCUUGUCUGAUCAAUAAUGAAAUGGAAAGUUGUUUAACACAGAGCAUUUCUGUUUUUGUAUGAUAUAAUUUGUUUAUCAAUUACAGUUUAAUUUAUGGUUUCUCAACAAAAAAAAUGCAAGUUCUGUAUAACACUGUUCCAAGGAUUAUA